AGUCGACAUUCCUACCUGCCAUCGCCCGAAACGAAACAAUCGCAGAGUCGAUCCGCGUGUAGCGCACUAAAUUUAUUUCUACAUCUCCGCUGGCGCGAUUUUUUAAAUCUCUAUUAAUUAGCAGAUCGAUUAACCAUAAACAUUAAAAAUACGAGAAUAUUUGUGAUAUUUUUAAAGGGAUAUUUUUACUGUGGUAUUUUCUUCAAGUGCGGUGGCGUUUAGGACUAGAGAGAGGGUUUGUUGACUGAGAGAGGCUGGACCGGGGAUUCUGCGGUACGGAGAAGAGUUGGAAAAAUUAAAGGGACAAUAUGGAGUUUAGGUUCGAUCUGAAUCAAAUUUUUAAAGAGCCGAUUGUCGAGAUAAAUAAUUCGUUGACUCCGCCUGGAUAUUAUGGGGAUAAAAGAGCGUUGUGGGAUGCACAAUCCAAAGUGUCCCAAAUCAUCAACGCAAUGGGCGAGGCGUCCGCUCAUGCACAAAGCCUGACAAAACCCAUCACAACCUCUGACAGACUAAGGAAUUCGGAACACAAAUUGUAUCUUCUGAUCGAUCAAACUGCCAACAAUGGCAAAGGCGCUGUAACGGGUAUGCUGAAGACUGGAGAAAAGGGACUGUACGUUUUUGACAGAGAAGGACAACAUUAUCAAGUGACACCAUCGUGCGUUUUAGAUUUUUACAUUCAUGAAUCUAGACAGAGAUCAGGAUUUGGUAAAAUUCUUUUCGAAUACAUGUUAGAGAAGCAGCAAAUAGAACCAGUCAAAAUGGCAAUAGACAGGCCCAGUGACAAGUUCUUAGGUUUUCUAAACAAACACUAUGGUUUAAAUAAUCCUAUAAAGCAGAUGAACAAUUUCGUCGUCUUUGAUGGUUUCUUCCCUAAGUCUAUGGAUAGUCCUAGAUCGAUUAACACAGAUCAAAGUUAUACUCCAAGAAAUAAACAAUCAUCUAACCAUUUACAACAGAACUAUUCUUCAUCCCCAUAUGGACGAUAUGCUGCUCCUAGACCACCUUGUAGUAUGGGACAGAUCAUUCAUAACGACUCACCAGUCAUUAAACGAAACAGCGAACCGUCUGGUGAUAAGGCCCACCAAGCGAACCACAACGCCACCAAGCCCGAUCGACCCCAAUCUCUUAACUUAGAUGUCCCCGAAACUGCUCAACAAGACGGCAACGAUGUUAUCGAUGGCAACAUCGAAGCACUUGAAGAAAACGAAGACGAACAUGAUAAGGAAAACGGUGCAGAUAGUCUAAACGGAGAUGGCGACGUGGCAAACAUGGAUGAAAUCAAGGAGGACAUGGAGAAGAUCGAUAUUGCAGCGCUGGGGGGUUCGCCGUUGUCCAGGGGGUCGAAGAGUCCUCUGAUUGAGGCUGCGGGAAUCGUUACUCCAGGAAGAAGUACUCCAGGACUGACGGAGCAAGGGUACUUUGACUUGAAAUUUUACCACAAUAAGUUGUGGUAAGGGUACAAACCGUUACUUAUAGGCAUUUAACUUUUAAAUUAUAAGGAACUGUAAUAAUGCUUGCCCUAUACGUUCAGUCAUUACAUGAAAUAUUUAAAAUAAAAUUUGGUAUCUAUUUUAAAAUUUUGUUAGCAGUUGAUAACUUUUGUUUUAAUUCUUUGAAAGUGGCUAAUUUAUGGUUUUUUAUUUUCUUUGACUAUUUAGUUGAGGCACAUGGACAAAAUGGAUCCAGACCCAUUUAAUAGUCUAUUACGCUGUACUGUUCGGGUUGUUAUCAGGGGUCGGGGAAAGCGGGUGUGUGGCCGAAGAAAAUAUAUAUUAUAUUUCAGAAAUCUGCCUAAGG